AUGAUAUCGUGCUGUGCCGUCUGUAAAGCUCCAGCGAACCAAAGAUGUUCUGGUUGCCAGCAGGUGGUCUACUGCAAUCGUGAUCACCAGCGUCAGCAUUGGAAGGCCACGCAUCGUCGAGAGUGCUGCUGUUAUCGCGUAGAGCAAAACGCUUGCCUAGGGCGACACUUGGUAGCCACAAGGAAUAUCCGACAGGGAGAGAUCAUACUUACCGACACACCGUACGUUGCAGGACCGAAAAUGGUCAGUGUGCCUGUUUGUCUGGGAUGCAAUCGGGAUCUAAUGCCUCUGUUACAACUAUCCGGUGCCAACCACUUUCACGAAUGUUCUGGUUGUGGAUGGCCUCUUUGUGGGGAGCAAUGUGAAAAAUCGGACCAUCAUCGGCACGAGUGCAUUAUACUGGCCAAAAGCGGAUACCGCCCAAAAUUGUACCCUGACUUCAACAAUGUGCACAAACGAGAAACAGCAUAUUGUGUAAUUGUCCCACUGCGGGUGUUGCUGCUGGAACGCAACGCACCAGAGAAAUAUGCCCACAUACAAACCUUUGAAUCGCACCUAGAGCAACGGUUGCAGUCUCCACUGUACGGAGUGGUUCGAUCAAAUGUGGUACCGUUCGCGCGGACAGUUCUUGGCCUACGGCAGUACAGCGAACAGGCCAUCUUACAAGUUUGUGCCAUGCUCGACACUAAUUGUUACGAGGUGCUACUUCCUCAUCGGCACACGAAAAUACGGGCGCUAUACCCAUGGGGAGCAAUGCUUUCUCACGACUGUAAGCCAAACACCAAACACUACUUCGACGCCAGCAUGAACAUGAUCCUUGUAGCAACCACGGAUAUCCCACUGAGCGGUGUUAUCACCGUAUCCUACACGCAGCCGCUGCUCGGAACCCUUCAUCGGCGAAUUGCUUUGCAACAAGCCAAACUUUUCCACUGUCGGUGCGAUCGAUGUGCUGACCCGACUGAGUUCGGUACGAACAUCAGUGGCUUUCAGUGUCCGCAGUGUAAAGCUGGAAUCGUUCUCCCUGCGCAGCCAACUGACUACCGAACCACGUGGCGCUGUCAGCGCCGGAAAUGCUCGUUCCAGGAGCCUAUCAAUCUGUACGUUGCACGCUGUGAACGCGUAGAGAAGGAACUGAUGUCUUUGGAUAAAACAGAUCCGAAGAGCUACGACGGAUUUUUGGAGCGCUAUAGCACUAUACUUCAUGGCUGGAACGCUUAUGUGCUGCAGGCUAAGUAUGCACUGUUACAACUUUUGGUGAACCGCGCCUCAGACGAGGGAGAGAAAGAAGAUCAAAUCGAGUGUCGCGCUCGUCGAGUGAUCGAAUUGUGUUGCGAUUUGCUGGAAAUUGCCGACCGAUUGGAGCCUGGUUUUGGGUUUUUCAGAGGAAAGCUUUUGGUAAAACUGGAAACAUCGCUCGGUAUUCUCAACCGUUUAGGAUCCAUGACGGAUCACGAGAGAGGCAAAUGGCAAGCUGUAAAAGAUGAAAUUCUUCAAAUAUCGAAAACAGAUCCUUCAGUAGUCGUCAGCAUGUGAAUUUCAAAACCUAACGUAUCUUUUAUUUUUCUUCUGUAAAAACGAACAAAACCACAGCAUUGAAUAGCAUGUUUGCAUUCUAGUUACUGACUUCUUAUACCUUGGAAUCGAUGAACCAGUGCAGAGCUACUUUUACCAACAUAUAUAUUGUCUAAUAAAGUUUCUAAAGAACGGAACCCUUUUUUUUACCAGAAGUCAACGGAAGAAUUUAGUCAAUGUUUUAAGAGAUCGUUCAGUUGAAGCUUUAUUGUACAUAGUAUUGUGUUCGAAUACACCAGGAAAUAACAUUACAUAAAAUAAAGAGUUUUUUCAGCGAUAAAUAAAAUACGUGUUGAA